AUAGUUGCCUAGAAACAGUUGUCAACAAAACAGCGAACAGUUGAUAUCCAAAACAUUCUUAAGUAACGAUGGACACGAAGUGCAAGUCAUGUCAGGUAACAGGUGAAGCUAUUUACUAAUGCUUUGACAUCUUGCAACACAAGUGGUGUGUGACGACCAGCUAGCUAACAUAGUUAGCCAACUACCAACGUUAGCAUUAUGUGGAAAGUUUCCAGUGUCAGCUAGCUUCUCGCAACUUCUACGCUACAUAUCAGGAAGAAAGUAAAUUACUGACAACAACUUCGACUUAUCCUGUCAGUCACAAGCUGUCCCAGGAGUUACCGUGCCCAGUGCCUCCUAAGAAAUGUCAGUACCUUUCUCCAACACUCACCUGCGGGUCCCGCGAGGAUUUGGUACCAUCCUGGAGGGUCUGGCCAGAGAAGUCCUGCGAGACCAGCCUGAAGACAUUCCUAAAUAUGCUGCACAGUACUUUGAUGCUCUUCUCAAACAAAGAGAAGAUAGUGGUGUGGACCCUCCUGAGUGGGCUGCUAAACUGGAAGAUCGGUUCUACAACAACCAUGCAUUCAAGGCUACUGGGCCUAGUCCUGCUAAAGAGCCUGCAACAGAGCUGACCAUUUCCAAAGAAAAAUCAUACGAGUCCCAAACUGAAGAUGAAUCAGCAGAGGCCUCAAAUGUUUCCACCAUACAAACUAAUGACUCUGAAGAGGUUGAUUUAACUGAGAGCACAGAAGAAUAUGAGGAAAAACAUGAUGAUACAGAGAAACGUGUUAUUUCGAUGGAAAAGGGGCUUUCAGUAGAGGAAUCAGUCAACAUGCUCCCAGCUGCAGAUGUACAGCCAGAUGAUCUGAGCGGGACAGUGGAGGAGCAAGACAAAACAAUAACUACAUUUGAUCAAGUUGACAGUGCAGCUAAUGGAAAAGAUAGCAUCUCUGCUUCAGACCAAGAUAUACCUCAGUCUGAGUUAGAGCCCACUGACUUGUUAUCAUUCAAAGAAAUUUCAAAUGUAGAUGUGUGUGCUCAGGAGUUAGGAAUGGAAGAAGAAUAUGGAGAUAAUGAGCAAAACACGGCAGUUCGAGAUGAAGAGAUUGUAGACUCAGAAGAACCCGGGGAGGUAUUUCCAUAUCCUGGGCUGGCUGAUGUUGACGUGUGUGCUACGGAGCUUACAGGAACAGAGAGAACAAUGGAAGGAGCCACGGCUGAAGAUGAUGAGGACAGCUCAAAACCCCAACCUGCGGAACAUGUUGUACAAUCAUCAUUGUGUCAAUCUGAAACCCCUGAGGGCAAUCAACAAGAAGCAGAAGAUCAGGUAGAAAACACAAAGGAUGAGGAAGGAACAGAGUCUGACACUUCUUCUGUGGUAAUACUUGAAAGUGUAGCUCGUAUAGCGGGUGCUUUUGACAGUAAUGCUACACCAAAGAAGGAUUCCUUGGUUGAGAUUAGCUUUGAAGAUGUUCCAGAGGGUCAGCAGAUCGAAGAGGUUGAGGAGAAACAGACAGAGGAAGAGGACUCAGUAGAUGUCUUACAGACAAACAAAUUAGACUGGAAACUGGAGGAAGAGUCGAAAGAGGUUACAGCGGAGGCAACAGUCCAAAAUAUAUCUCACACACAAGACCACGAUGAACUUGCAAUGUUGGGAGUUGAAAAGGAAGUUAACUCUGAAGGGGAGGAAAUGGAAAGUCAGCCUGAGGGAUCUCGUAUAAUGAAGGAGAAGGUGGACACACAUUAUGCCAAUUUAAAUGAAAGGCAUGAUGGUGAGAAGCUCAAAGGUGUUAAAACCAUCAGCUCAUCACAUCAGCCCACCAUCGAUGAAGAGCGCUCAGAGGAUGAAACUGAUCAUAAAAAUGAAGUUAGUGAAAAGACAAGAGAGAUAAGUGAAUGUGAAUUUCCCCAGAAGGAGGAGUCGAAAAAAGAGGCAAAGGACCCUGACGAUGAGACGACAUACACAGUUGGAGGAGACAAAGAGGACAUGCAUACAGAAAGUUAUAGUGACGGGGAGGAUGAAGAAAUUGAUGGUGGUGGUGCGGAAAAUCAUUCAUCACAAGUUACCCAGUCAAAUAUAUCAACUGCUGCAACAGAGGCUGAGGUGGAAACUUUAGAGGCAAGUUCACAACAUCUACCAGAGGAGACCGAGGAGAGUCAGAGAACACCUGUAGAGUCACAUCUGGAGGAUACGGUGGUAGAAAAUCAGGUCACAUCCAAAGAGAAAAGUUCACAUGUAGAGGAACUUGUGGAAGAAGAAGUUGAUUCUGAAACACAAGAGAAGAGUGAUGCAAUGUGUGAAGAGGGCAGCAUCAGCCCCACUCAAAGUGCAGAUCGGACAGCUGCAGACCACCAAGCAGAGGACUCCACAGAGCCUGAAGGCAAGAGUGGUGACAAGGAGGAGUGCAGCCGGCCCCAGGAGGAGGAGGACAUCAUGGACAUCCCCCUGGAUGACCCCGAGGCCAACAGGGCCGCUGCCAAGAUCCAGGCUGGCUUCCGUGGGCACAUGACCCGUAAGAAGAUGAAGCCGGAGGACAAAGCGGAAGGGGAGGAGGUGAGCAGCACUGGGGAUGUGCUCAACUGCAGCCAGGGGGACACAGAGACAGGAGGAUCGGGGGCAGUAGAGGGAGCCGACACAUCUGUGCCAGAGCAGUGACGCCCCUGUCCUGACCUGGAUGAAGACGAAGAGGGGGAAGCAAGGUAGCGAGAGAUGGCUGGCGUAAGCCGGCUGUGGCUGGCUUUCAGGCACACCUUUUUACCCCAGGAGUCAUUUUAUUUUUCAACACAAUUUAGUAGAACCCACAGUUUUGAGGGUGUGUUAUGUGAAUUUUGUGAACUUCUACGCUCUUUCGCUGCUUCUUCAGCAGUCUCAUCAGUACGGAUGUCUUUCACCCAGAACUUGCAACUCACUGCAUGUACUUGUGAAACUUCUGGUAGUGUGCUAGUUUUUAGAUUGAUGAUCUGUGAAUGUGAAAAUGAAUGUCCUCUUAAUGCUAAACAGGGCUUCUAUUGGACGGAUCAGUUCAUACCAUCUGUGUAUAAACCUUGUAGGCAUCGGCUUUAGACUUUGUGUAUGUAGUGGCUUAAAUUAUUUGUUGUGUUGCAUUGUUUAUGAUGUGCUUGUAUCUUGACUAUUCUUUACCUAUUUGACUUACUCACAAAAAUGAUUAAAACAUCAAAAGGGAA